AAUGGCGCCCUCCAAGUACUCCCAGCUUGAAGCAUGCAAAAAGGUCUCGAGAUCUCGAUAUCGAUAUGAUAUCCACAUCACCCCAGCAGUGCAAGCAAACCAAUCCAAAACCCCCCAAAAGAAAUCCUUCCAAGCAACCGUUUCAAUUCCAUCCCAUCCCGCCAUGUCCGCAUGCAGCGCAAGCAACCAGCCACAGCAGCGGCCGGCUCGUACACCUAUAAAACCGUCGUCGUCGUCGUCGCCGAUCAGUCUCCCACAUUCUGCUCAGCAGUGCAAAGAAGCCGGCCAAGAACUGAUCGGCUUAGCUAGCUAGCUCGAAGUGUUUGUGGUGGUCAUGGAGAUGGCGGCGCCGAGGUCGAGGUCGUCGUCGUCGGUGAGCGUGGCGGACAGGGCGCUGCGCGGGGUGGCGGACCUGAUCAAGCUGCUGCCGAGCGGGACGGUGUUCAUGUUCCAGUUCCUGAGCCCGCUGGUGACCAACAACGGCCACUGCGCCGCCUACAACAAGGCGCUCAGCGGCGCGCUGCUGGCGCUCUGCGGCGGCUUCUGCGCCUUCUCCUCCUUCACCGACAGCUACGUCGGCUCCGACGGCCGCGUCUACUACGGCGUCGUCACCGCCCGGGGGCUCCGCACCUUCGCCUCCGACCCGGACGCCGCCGGCCGCGACCUGUCGGGCUACAGGCUCCGCGCCGGCGACUUCGUCCACGCCGCGCUGUCGCUGCUCGUGUUCGCCACCAUCGCGCUGCUCGACGCCGACACCGUCGCCUGCCUCUACCCGGCGCUGGAGGUCAGCGAGCGCACCAUGAUGGCCGUGCUCCCGCCCGUCGUCGGCGGCGUCGCCAGCUACGCCUUCAUGGUCUUCCCCAACAACCGCCACGGCAUCGGCUACCAACCCACGCGCGCCACCGAGGACUUCCAGCGCAAGAACUAGCUGACCGACACGAAGACGACGAAUUAUUUAUAACUAUUUAUAUAUUCAAGAUUACGACUAAAUUAAUUAUUUAAUUGAUUUGGGGUGCGCUUUAAUUAAUUGCUUGCAAAUUCAGUUUAAAUUUUUAAAUUUUUACAUGGGCACGGUUUGCUUGAUUGGAGUUAGACACGAGUCAAAAGUGUGCAGUGGCUGUGUAUGCAUCAUGUCAAUGUGUGUUUGACUGCUUUUCAUAUAUUAUGUGCUACUUCCACUGAACAUAAUGAAGUCUUUUUCGAACUAA